AUGAUACAAUAUAAACCAAAUGGAGCUGAACACGGAUCGGGUAACUGUUGGUAUAAUACUCUCCCAAUAAAAGAUUUCGGUGCAUUUCCAUAUUCAUGGAUAACUGCUGGUGGUGAUAUUGAUAUGAAGCCAUGGUUUCCAUUACCCGAUAAUUUAGUUUAUAAAGGUAUUGAAUGGAUUCCAGAGUUGCAAAUUAAUGCACUUAGAUAUGAUUCAUCUGACAUAUGUAAUUUAAAAACAAGUGGCAUUGGUAAAGUACCAUGUUUAAGUUACUUUGAAACCAAUAAUGGUACACCAGUUAAAACAAUACAAGCAAGAGCAGCAACUGGCCUUUAUGAUAGUGAUGAAUAUACAUCGGUCAUUUACUUAUCAUUUAUAAAUGGCAUCCCAUCGGAAGUUGAACCACUGUUUAAUUUGCCUGCACAAUGGCCAUCAGCAUGUGGCAAUGCUAAUAACGGUUACUCAAAAUCACCAGUACGUGGUUUUGUUGUUACACCAGAUGGUGGUCUUGAUAAUUUCACAUUGACAUUACAAACACCACCUGUUCAUUCACUGGGUGAUGAAGUAACAAUCAAUUUUAGACCAAAGCCAAGUUUGUAUUAUAAUGGUACAGAAUGUGCAAAAUUCACAGUUAAUGGCAAUCCACAAAUUGUUUUUACAAAAGAAAAUUGGAAUAAAUCACAACGUGUUGAUAUGAAAUUUUCAGGAUACGGUUGCUGUGAAUAUGAAAUUGAAGGUAUGGGUGGUAGUUAUGAAUGGCAAUAUCAAGAGCAAACAUUUGUUGUUUAUGGUUGCGAUGGAGUUGGAGGUCUUGGCUGUAAUGGAAAACAACCAUGUGGUGCUUAA